CGUAGGCUUAGGCGGAGGGAGCCAUCCAGGACAGCGGAAGAGAGGGAGAGAGAGCAAGGCAAGGCCCUGGGCCAAGCCGACGAAAGUGGGAAAGCGCCGGGAGAGGGAGAAGUACGGACGGACCUGUUAGAAUCAGCAGAACGUGAAGAAGAAGAAAGGCCUGCCGGGAGGGCUGCCUUUGCGAUUUUGAAACGCAAGGUGAGAGCCCCUCUGCCAAGCGAAAAAAGGAAAAUAUGAGGGGACCGAAGUCGAACACUUGGGGCCGAAGCACUUGUGCCGCUUGCAUGUGCAGUGGGGAUAUGUGCACUCAUCACAGUCUGCGACAUUAUUCACACCCUGAAACAGACCUGCGUUAGCUGGCACCAGGAGCCCUUACGCGGGAUGCCAGCAGAGGCCACGUUUGCUAUGUUUCUUGAUGCGAUGAGUUAAAACAAUGCACGUGGCUUGAUUACAGAAGUCCAAGUUAACUCCUUGCUUUUAAACAUCAAUGAGCCCCUGCAGCCCUCUCUGCCUGGUCAUGAAUGACAACAAUAUUCUUCCAUGAACGAGAGUUUGCCGGAAUUAGACUGCUUCGAUACUGGAUCUCAUGACGCAGGAGGUAGUGGGCGUUGAGCAUUGGAACUGGCAAAGGGCUGAUUCGUGGAGGUGUCGAUAUUAAUAACACUCCUGUGAUCUUUUCGAUAGAAUUCUCAGUCGUGGUGCUGGCUUCGCCUCUGGACAUCGGAAGAAAUGAAGUUGAAAGGAAAUCAUUGUCGUAACAAAAUGGAGAGGUGGCUUAUGAGCGCGUUUUUUUUGAGUCUCUUCCUGUUGAAGGUAAGCAUUUCAGAGUGUGCGGCUCCUUACACAUUUACCUCAGAACCUGUUUCAGGACUUUCGACAGCAGUAAGGGAUCAACUCCACCAAGAAGGCUGGUGCUCUAUGUAUGAUUUGUGCGGCGCACGAAAGGAUGGAAAACCUCUGAACUGUCCAAAAGUUGUGGAAGCAGUCACUCCAACUGAGACUUUCUCACAUAAGAUACAAAGUCUAUGUCCCACUAUAACUGGGAACGUAUGCUGUAGUGAAGAUCAAUUUGACCUUCUCCGGCAAAGUGUUCAGCAGGCCGUACCAUUUCUAGUAGGUUGUCCUGCAUGUCUCCGCAACUUUCUGGAUCUCUACUGCGAACUUUCAUGUUCACCUGAUCAGAGCUUAUUCGUUGACGUCAUCUCAACCUCGAGGGAGCAUGGACGAGAAUUGGUGGAUGGUAUUGAUUUCUAUAUUACAGAGGAAUAUGGAACUCAGCUGUUCGAUUCUUGCAAAGACGUAAAAUUUGCAGCUAUGAACACUCGAGCAAUGGACUUCAUAGGAGCAGGUGCCAAGAAUUAUACAGAUUGGCUGUCAUUCAUGGGCCACAGGGCAGGAUCUUACGAAGCCGGUUCGCCCUACCAGAUUAAUUAUAAGACCAAUGCCGUGGGAGACAUACGACCUUUGAAUACUUCUGUUACUCCUUGUUGGGAUUCCUCACUAUCGUGUUCGUGUGGUGAUUGCCCUUCGGCCACCAGCUGCGCUGAGCCACUGCCGCCUAGUGACAACAAAGACGAGGGAUGUCACGUGACUUUAGGAUCGCUGCAGAUUGGAUGUCUAAACCUAGGUAUGGGGAUACUGUACGUCGUUAUUCUUCUCGGCAUUGUUGCAUGGUGGAUACAGUCCAGGAAGGAGCACAGUAACACAACUGGGCAAUCAGAUAUCAAUGAACCCCUCUUAGUAUCUACCAAUGUUUCACCUCCUGUUCCUGGUCAGGGACCAGAAAUCGAAGAGGCCGGGAAGCCAGAGAAAAUUCAAGAUCCUACGUUCAUUGAGUCGUCCUUGUCUCGAUGGUUCAGGGCACAAGGAACUUGGACUGCUCGCCAUCCUGGAAUUGUCCUGUUCAUUGCAAUUGUCUUCAUGAUUCUACUUUGCAUAGGUUUAUUGCAGCUGCAAGUGGAGACCCGCCCCGAGAAGCUUUGGGUGAGCCCCGGAAGCGAGGCAGCUGAAGAAAAGGCCUACUUUGACUCACAUUUGGCACCUUUUUACCGAAUCGAACAGCUGAUUUUAGCGACAAUUCCUUCUGCAAACGAGUCAGCUCCUUACAUCGUCACAAACCAGAAUCUUCUUCUUUUGUUCGAGAUUCAAGCAAAGGUUGAUGCACUACGUGUUAAUGUAUCCAACUCCUCAGUUUCACUCCAAGAUAUUUGCACGAAACCAACUGGAUCGGCAUGCGCCACUCAAAGUGUCUUACAGUACUUUAAAAUGGACAGCAGUAAAUUUUAUGAUUACCAAGGAUCCGCACAUGCUGAGUUUUGUUUUGAGCAUGCCUCAUCAGCAGCCCAAUGCUUGAGUGCUUUUGAGGGGCCAGUGGAGCCGGGCACUGUUCUCGGUGGUUUCUCUGGAACCAACUACACUGAGGCUACUGCUUUUGUUAUCACGUACCCGGUUGAAAACUUCGUCGGAGAAUCUGGUGAUGAAAACGAGAAGGCUGUGGCAUGGGAGGAGGCAUUUAUACGAUUGGCUAAGGAGGAGCUCACAGCCAUGGUAGAAGGAGAGGGUCUAACUCUGGCCUACUCCUCAGAGAAUUCUAUAAAAGCCGAGCUUGAGCGGGAGAGCACCGCUGAUGUUGGAACAAUAGCGGUGAGCUAUUUAGUUAUGUUUGUGUACAUCUCCUUCAUUCUUGGAGAUUGGGUGUCUCCAUGGUAUGUGACGUCCAAAACAAUGCUAGGCUUGGCAGGUGUUGGUAUUGUUGCUCUGUGUGUGCUUGGUUCUAUCGGGCUCUUCAGUUAUUUCCACGUCAAAUCAACAUUGAUAAUUGUUGAGGUGAUACCGUUUCUCGUCCUUGCGGUAGGAGUUGAUAACAUGUGUAUUUUAGUGCAUGCUGUCAAACGUCAAGCCAAUAAAGAUGAGUCGGUCGAAACACGUGUCGGAAGAGCGCUUGCUGAAGUUGGUCCGUCGAUUACGCUCGCCAGUCUUUCAGAGGUGUUGGCAUUUACAGUUGGCAUAUUCACACCCAUGCCUGCAUGUAGAGUGUUCUCCAUGUUUGCAGCUGUCGCUGUGCUGCUUGAUUAUCUACUACAAGUUACGGCGUUCGUUGCUCUUCUGACUUAUGAUCUCAAGAGAGCUGAAAGUGGACGCGUUGACUGCUUCCCUUGCAUCGCUGUAACAGCAGAAUCAAAUGAUGUACAAGCACACGAGCCCGGCGUCCUGGUGAAAUACAUGAAGGAUGUCCACGCUCCGGUGCUCAAUCUUCCUGCAGUUAAAGCUUUAGUGGUGGCCCUGUUUACAGGCCUCUUUCUUGCGAGCAUUGUGCUUGUUCCGAACCUUGUACCUGGCUUAGAUCAAAGAGUUGCACUUCCGCGUGACUCCUAUCUUCAGGGUUACUUUGGUAACAUAACGGAGCAUCUUCGGGUCGGACCUCCAGUUUAUUUUGUAGUACGCGACUAUAAUUACAGCACAGAGAGCAAUCAAACAAAUCUCCUGUGCUCAAUCAGCCAGUGUGAGCCAAAUUCUCUUCUUAAUGAGGUGUCAAGGGCAGCGUUAGUACCAGACACGAGCUUUAUCGCGAGACCAGCUGCUUCUUGGCUCGACGAUUUUCUGGUAUGGAUGUCUCCCGAUGCAUUUGGAUGUUGCCGAACGUUCCCGGAUGCUUCAUACUGCCCUCCUGAUGAUCAGCCACCCUGCUGUCCAGAAGGAGACGAUUAUUGUUCUGAGGGUGAUACUUGUAAAGACUGUACAACGUGUUUCUUGCGUGCCGAUUUGUUGGAGGGACGACCCACAACAGAACAGUUCAGAGAAAAGCUACCUUGGUUCCUUGAAGCUCUCCCUUCAGCAGACUGUGCGAAGGGUGGUCAUGGAGCUUACUCAACAAGCCUGGAUCUCAAUGGAUAUGAAGAUGGUGUAAUCAAGGCUUCAGAAUUUCGUUCUUACCACACCCCUCUAAAUAAGCAGACCGAUUACGUGGAUGCUCUUCGUGCUGCCAAAGAUUUUACGAACCGAAUGUCGAAAAGUCUGGGGAUUGAAAUUUUUCCCUAUUCGGUAUUCUAUAUGUUCUUUGAGCAGUAUCUUGACAUAUGGAAGACGACUGGGAUUAGUCUCCUCCUUGCAUUGGCUGCCGUCUUCUUCGUCAAUGUUUUUAUCACAACCAGUGUUUGGACAUCUUGCAUUGUGAUCCUAACAAUCGCCAUGAUUGUCAUCGAUCUGAUGGGUGUAAUGGCUCUUUGGAAUAUACAAUUGAAUGCUGUUUCCGUCGUGAACCUUGUUAUGUCCAUCGGAAUUGCCGUGGAGUUUUGUGUACAUAUUACUCACUCUUUUGCAGUAAGCUCUGGAACUCGAAGUGAGAGGGCAUCAAAAUCUUUAUCAACGAUGGGAGCGUCUGUAUUUAGCGGAAUUACUCUCACAAAGUUUGCCGGUGUUUUAGUUCUCUACUUCGCCAAGUCUGAAAUUUUUGAGGUUUAUUACUUCCGAAUGUACUUAGCGCUGGUGAUUUUGGGAGCUCUCCAUGGACUUAUCUUCCUGCCGGUUUUACUUAGUUUGUGUGGCCCGAACACCAUGAGGGAAGCGCCACCGAACAGACAUGCUAAGCAGUAUUUAGAGGUUUCUCGAGGGGCGGAAGAAGUAACGGAACCGGUUACAUGACCACCUUCGGAUGCACGUGCUUUUAAUGGGUAUAUCCGGUAACUUUUGUAUGAAUGUAAAGAACGUGCGGGGCAAAAAGGAUUUGCCGCAGUGGCCACUUUGCGCAGAGGCUCAGCGAACACAGCGACGAAGGGUUGGUGCGUUGUGUGUUUAACAAACUGUAUGUAAAGUACGUGCUGGGCAAAAAGAUUUUGCCCCAGUGGCCACUUUGUGCAAAGGCCCAUCAAACACAGCGACAGGGGUGGCUCGUGGGCCCUCAAUUUAAAGUCAGUAAGCGCAACCUUGUGCAGUAACUCGCGGAAAUAAGCCAGACCAUGGUCCAUGAAAGCUUAUUAUUAGUUGCAGAUUGACUUUCGUGGAUUCUCGAUAGAGAUUCUAUUUCAAAUGCUAGAAUUUGCAGGCCUCACCUGCCAGGAGGAACUAUGACAUGGUCCUGAGAAUUUGACAUAAAGAUUAGUUAGUCAAAGAAGGACCUCGCGUUUAUCCUUCGUUUGUUUAUACAUCCGAAUUCUUUGACAUGUGAAAAUGUCGGAAAGGCGCGCGUGAACAAGUUCAGUAGAGAGUAGAUAAUUUUAAUGUUCAUAAGACGGUUGGGUCAAGUACUUGGUCACGCACGUGGACAACUACGUGUUGUUUUCUCUCUUCCUUCAGUAUAUUAGUCGUUAUAACUCGGAUGACUAAUGGUGCAGGCCAAAUUAGCUUAAUGGUAGGAAAUAUGUUAAAAGACAUGUGAAAUAUUUAGGUUAUUCUUUAUAAGAGUAAAAGAUGUCAACAAGUUUUUUUCU